GGAAGCGAACACCCUCUUUGUCCCACCAAUUCCACCAGACAAGGAAGAGGAUAUUUCCCCUUCUGCCGAAAGACGGUUAGCCCUGGGAAUUGGAAGAGGAUCCACCCAAGAUCCCACAGGACCGAUUUCCAGGAAAAGGGGCAUCAAAAGCUGGAAGGGGCCUGAGUCUCUCUGGAUCUCUCGAGAGAGCCUGCUCCCAGAUGCAGUCAUGACUGAAAUGAUGAGGGGCUGUGAGGGCCCUGACACCCCGGGUGAAACGUGUGCUGCAUGCCAGAUGUCUACAGGAGGUCUGGAUCCUGCCAUGAGUGGUGAGCCUGGUCUGAACACUGAUCAGGAGAUGCAGUGGAUCUCAGCCAGGGAGGACAGCUCCCACCGAGCGCCUUGUUUGAACACCCAGCUCUUCCUAAGCCCGCCCCAGGGCCUGGGGGCAGAUCCCUUCCGGAGCUCCCCCUCGGAGUCAUGCGGCGACCUCCCUGGCGAGACCUACGAGGAGAUGUCCAGGGACCCCCUUGAGCUGCCCUGCGAGGAGAUGUGCGUCCGGGCAGCCCCUUGCGGGGGCCAGUGCCCGGAAUCGCCAUGUGAGGAACUGUGUGAGAGUGUCUUCAAGGGGCCAGCCUCCCGGAGGCUGUACGAAGAGGAGCGUUAUGUGGAGAUGUGGUCAGGGAAGGCUCGCCUGCCCUCCAUUGUAGUGGAACCCAUCGAAGGGGGCGAAGUGGAAAGCGGGGAGCUGCGGUGGCCCCCCGACUUCACGUUGCUGGAGGAGGCGGAGCAAGACGAGCUCUUUGCUGACGGCGAGGAGGACUUGGGGGCAGGAUUGUCGUCUUUCGACAGCGACGUGGAGGAGGUGCUUCUGUAACGUUCUGCCCAAUGUUUCCCCGGGACGGAUGGACAGAAACGGCACCUUCCCAACGCCACCCAUGUCUAAUCACGACUUGGCAACGUCUUGGAAAGGGACUGUGGGGCAUCGCCUUGGAAAGAAGCAAAAGUGGCAUCCCGCUGUUUUGUUUCGAGGUGUCUCUCGGAGGGGUAGCAGAUGUCAGGAGCUUGUCCUACACUCGAGUAGGACUCUGGCAGAGACACAUGCUCGACUGGCAUGUUCUCUCCCUCCUGGUCGAU